CCAAGUUUCCCCUGCGGAUGCCCAGCCCCGGUGGCUCCGCUCCUCCCGGCUCAGAGGGGCCCACAGGGGCCGGAGGAGCGGACUCCCGACAGGGUUCCUAAGCCAGGGGAGAGGACGGGCGCCCCACUCGCUCCGAGGGUCGGUCAACGAUGAAGAGCCGGCGGCGGCGGCGCAGGGAGUACUGCAAGUUCGCGCUGCUGCUGGUGCUGUACACGCUGGUGCUGCUGCUCAUCCCCUCCGUCCUGGACGGCGGCCGCGACGGCGACAAGGGCGCCGGGCCCUGCCCCGGCCUGCACCGCAGCCUCGGGGUGUGGAGCCUGGAGGCGGCGGCGGCGGGAGAGCGCGAGCGGGGCGCGGAGGCGCGGCCGGCCGCCCAGGGGCCCGCGGGCCCGGCCCCCGGUGCGGCGGGCAACCUCAGCGGCGCCGUCGGGGAGACGGUGCCCGGCGAGAAGCAGCACAUCUACGUGCACGCCACCUGGCGCACCGGCUCGUCGUUCCUGGGGGAGCUCUUCAACCAGCACCCGGACGUGUUCUACUUGUACGAGCCCAUGUGGCACCUGUGGCAGGCGCUGUACCCGGGCGACGCCGAGAGCCUGCAGGGCGCGCUGCGCGACAUGCUGCGCUCGCUGUUCCGCUGCGACUUCUCGGUGCUGCGGCUGUACGCGCCUCCGGGGGACCCCGCCGCGCGCGCCCCGGGCGCCGCCAACCUCACCACGGCCGCGCUCUUUCGCUGGCGGACCAACAAGGUCAUCUGCUCGCCGCCCCUGUGCCCCGGCGCGGCCCGGACCCGGGCGGAGGUGGGCCUCGUCGAGGACGCCGCCUGCGAGCGCAGCUGCCCGCCCGUGGCCCUGCGCGCCCUGGAGGCCGAGUGCCGCAAGUACCCGGUGGUGGUCAUCAAGGACGUGCGCCUCCUGGACCUGGGCGUGCUGGUGCCCCUGCUGAGGGACCCGGGCCUCAACCUGAAGGUGGUGCAGCUUUUCCGCGACCCGCGGGCCGUGCACAACUCGCGCCUGAAAUCCCGGCAGGGGCUGCUGCGCGAGAGCAUCCAGGUGCUGCGCACCCGCCAGCGGGGCGAUCGCUUCCCGCGGGUGCUGCUGGCGCCCGGCGUGGGCGCCCGGCCCGGGGGGGGCCCCUCCCGCGUGCUGCCCGCCGCGCCGCGCACCGACUUCUUUCUCACCGGGGCGCUGGAGGUCAUCUGCGAGGCCUGGCUGCGCGACCUGCUGUUCGCGCGCGGGGCGCCCGGCUGGCUGCGGCGCCGCUACCUGCGGCUGCGCUACGAGGACCUGGUGCGGCAGCCGCGCGCCCAGCUCGGGCGCCUGCUGCGCUUCGCCGGCCUCCGCGCCCUGGCCGCGCUCGACGCCUUCGCGCUCAACAUGACGCGGGGCUCGGCCUACGGGGCGGACCGGCCCUUCCACCUGUCGGCGCGCGAUGCCCGCGAGGCGGUGCACGCCUGGCGGGAGCGGCUGAGCCGGGAGCAGGUGCGCCAGGUGGAGGCCGCCUGCGCCCCGGCCAUGCGGCUGCUGGCCUACCCUCGCAGCGGGGAGGAGGGCGACGCCGAGCCCGGCCUGGACGAGGAGACAUCGCAGGAGGUGGAGGCCGCUGGCGCCACGUAGCCUCCCGGCCGCAGCCCGGGGGGAGAUCCGGGUCAGGCAUCAUGAACGGGGCACUCAGCAUGUUGAGUGCUGUGGAGGCAAUCUAUCACGCUGUCAGAGACUGGGACUUGAUUUGGUACCAACUGCUGUGCAAUUCUGGAGAGCAGGAAUAUCAUGAGCGUAUUAA